AUGAAUCUCCUCCCUUCUUCUCACUCUCGGCGUACUCCCACGGCGUCGCUGUCGCCGAUAAUCAUCCCGGAUGAUCUGAUUGAGGAAGUGCUAUCAUGUCUCACCGUAAAGACACUGAUGCGAAUGAGGUGUGUGUCCAAGUCAUGGAAGUCUCUCAUCUCCGAUUCCACCUUCGUCAAAUUACACCUUCAUCGAUCUUCACCAAAGGCAGAUUUCACGGUUGUAUAUAAAUCAGGUUCUAAUUCCGUAUCCUUCACAGUUAUUCGUUUAUUCGAAAAUCCUCCAAUCUUCUUCACCCUUCCCAACUAUGAAUUGAUUGACGAAGGCGAACAGCUAGUUGGUUCCUGCAAUGGAUUGCUAUGUUUGGUUGGCUAUUCUCGCGUUAAUGGAGGUAUUGAUAUUGAGAGCUGGUUUCGCUUCUGGAACCCGGCCACCGGGACAAUGUCACAAAGAUUAGGUUAUCUUUUGAAUGACGAAACUAUCCCUCCUCGUUUCACGUUCGGUUCUGAUAAAUCAAACAACGCAUACAAGGUGUUGGCUUUAAUGCACACCAAUGUACGAGUGUUCAGCUUGCAAGAUAAUGCCUGGAGAAAUAUUGAAAAUCCUCCCGUGGCUCGUAAUUGCUCGAUGAACCCCGUGUAUCUGAGUGGUAGUGUUAAUUGGUUGGCAAGUCACGGAGUCUCAAUUAUAUAUCCACAGUUUGUGAUUAUUUCAUUUGAUUUGGGGUCCGAGUCACAUACUCAGUAUCCGACUCCUCCGGGUUUUGAUCUACUGCCAUCUGUUCAUGCACCUAAUCUAACUGUGUUAAAAGAAUGUCUUUGUUUUUGUCAUGAUUUCAAACAAACUCAUUUUGUUAUAUGGCUAAUGAAGGAAUUUGGAGUGGAAGAUUCUUGGACCCAAUUCCUUAAAAUUAGUUAUCAUAAUCUUCUAUUAGAUCCAUUUGAAGAUUUAGUAUCUUUUUUAGUGCCACUAUGCCUUUCAGAGAAGAAUGAUACACUAUUAUUGGCACACGAAUAUAAACAAGUAACAAUUCUCUAUAGCUGGAGCGAUAAUACACUAGCCCUUGGCCCUUGGUGGUGCACUUGCUUGAAUUACGUUGAAAGCUUGGUAUCCCAUUGUUGA